GUAUCAACUGCUGAUAUAGUUAGUGCUCUGUUGUCUUAUGGCUUUGGUUACUGAAGAAAACGUAGAUGAGCUGCUUAAAGCUCAAACUCAUAUGUGGAAUCAUACUCUGCAAUUUAUAAAUUCCAUGGCUCUCAAAUCUGCAGUUGAACUAGGUAUUCCUGAUGUUGUUAACGACAACCAUGGCCAACCCAUGCCUCUCUCUGAUCUUGUUUCUGCCUUACAGGUUAACCCUGCUAAAACUCAUCAUGUUUACCGUCUAAUGCGACUUCUUGUUCAUUCUGGUUUCUUUUCUUUGCAAGAAGAAGGCUAUUUGCUCACUUCUUUCAAUUCAAUACCUUUUAUAUCUUUUAUGCUUGACCCGAUUCUAAUGGACCCAUUAACUUGCUUGAGCAAAUGGCUUAAAAACGAUGAUCAAACACCAUUUGUAACUACCUUUGGAGAGUCACUAUUUGAAUAUGCAGGGCAUGACAUUAGGGCUAAUACUAUGGUGAAUGAAGCUAUGGCCAGUGAUAGUAUUUUUCUUGGUAAGGUGGUGACUGUUAAGUGUAGAGAGGUAUUGGAAGGGUUGAAUUCUUUGGUGGAUGUUGCAGGUGGCACUGGAUAUAUGUCUAGGGCUAUUGCUAAUGCUUUUCCAAAUAUAAAGUGCAUUGUUUUGGAUCUUCCACAUGUUGUUGCUGUUGCUGAUUCGCAAGGCGCCAAGAAUUUGAAUUUUGUUGCAGGUGACAUGUUUCAGGCUAUUCCUCCUGGAGAUGCAGCUUUGAUCAAGUGGGUAUUGCAUGACUGGGCUGACGAAUAUUGUGUGAAGAUACUGAAGAAUUGCAAAGAGGCAAUAACAAGAAAUGGCAAGCGAGAGAAUAAUAACAAGGUCAUAAUCAUUGACAUGGUGAGGAAAGCUGAACUUUUGUUUGAUAUGGCAGAGAUGGCAUGCCUCACCGGCAAACAGCGAAAUGAAGAAGAGUGGUCAAAGCUGUUCAUGGAUGCUGGUUUCACCAAAUAUAAAAUUAACUAUUUGCUUGGUCCUAGAGCUCUUAUUGAGGUUUAUCCUUGACCAAUAUCCUACUUAUCUCUUAGAGCUUUGUGUUUGUAACCAAAAUAGCUGUUGCCAUAGCCAUAACAGCCUGCUUAAUAAAGUUUAUAAGCCCAA